GGCCAAACUUUUUCAGAGAAGUCUUAUCUUAUCUGAUGAUAACGUUACAUAAACUGGAGAGUCCGACACUUCAGUUUUAAUUCACCGUACAAAAUGAUAGUAGCAAAUUUGUUAUUUGCCUUCUGCUUGUUCCUAAAUGGUUGUUUUGGGAGUGUAGAAUUUUAUCCCUAUGGACCAAGUCAUGGAGACGAAUACGCCCCAAUCAAUGACGACGGGAGCUCACCGGAAAUUCCUAUCUCAACAUUGUUCCCAUUUUUCAAUCAUCAACACGAACAUUUAAUUGUGAACACGAAUGGCGUCAUUUCCUUUUUGAGGACUGUAUCUACAUACACACCGAAUCCAUUCCCUCUGGAUGGUGACAGACGAUUGGUUGCUAUAUUUUGGGCGGAUGUAGAUACAAGGAACGGGGGUAAAGUGUGGUACCGUGAGUCCACGAACCAAACCAUGCUAGAGAGAGCGUCACAGGAAGUCAGAGAUUACUUUCCUAGCUUCUUCCGCUUCCAGGCCACGUGGGUCUUCAUCGCAACUUGGGAUAAUGUGGCAUUUUUUGGAUGCUACCGCUGUGACAAAAGAAAUACAUUUCAAGAGAUACUGAUUACAAAUGGUCAGUAUUCUUUCACAAUUUUUAACUAUAAAAACAUCACGUGGACCACGGGAACUGCGAGUGGGGGUAACAGUAGCACCGGUCUGGGAGGCACACCUGCUCAGGUUGGUUUUAAUGCAGGAGAUGGAAAGGUAUUUUACGCUGUAAACGCUUCCCGAACUCCCGCAAUCCUUGGCAUCAAUCAUAUGUCCAACAUCAAUAUCCCAGGAAAGUUUGCUUUCCGCAUCGAUUCGGCGGAAAUAAGCAACGGCGGCUGUAACACUCACGGUACAUUGACCAUUGCACCACGAUACGGUCCAAUGCUUGGAGGACAGUAUUUCGUAGUUGGAGGACCAUGCAUGAACUCUGACGACAUUAUCUAUAUACAUUACUCACCAUUAGUGACGUCAUUUCCCUGCCAGCGAUUGUCUAAUUACAGCGCCCUCUGUAUAACUCCUGUAUUCAACACAACUGGUGACAUAAAAGUUAAUUUCACAAUAAAAAACUCGAAUGGGGAAAUGCAAAACCACCAAGGAAUCUAUACAAUUUUAAACCCUGCUCUUUUUAACAACCCGGUCAAAAGACAUAACCCCGCAGAAUGGUAUGGCGGGCGCCAGUACACCAUCUCCUGGGAUCCGCUUGCUUUUGAGUUAAAGGAUUCGGAUAAAGUUCAUAUUCACAUGUAUACAGUGAAGGAACGAGGAUUUAAAAUUCUACCGUGGGAAAAAAGCGUUUUGCAUGAAAACGUAGACAGAAAUCUUGCACAGUUUACCUUGAAUCUUGGAUCAGAUGGCUUCAUGGCUGCGAUUCGAGUAACAUCGGCGAUAGAAACAGACCUUUCUAUUCCUGAGCGGGGGAUUUGGACUGACAUUUUUGCUGUAGUGCCUUCCCACCAGGAAACGAAACGUUUUUGUUACAACUGGAUCAGACAGGAACGAGGCCUCCCGCUAGUGAGGUCUGAUGACCUACCGCCUUGUCCCUGCACCCUACAGCAAGCCCUGAUGGACACCGCCCGCUACCAGCCCGACCCCGACUGUAACAAUCUGAUGGACAACAAGGACCCGGAUCUAAACUGUCUGUACAGAGCCAGUUCCCGUCACUGCAUCCGAUUAAGCCAACCUGGGUUUCUCGGACAGGACAAUGUAUGUUGCUAUGGAAACACUGGAAGUCUGCUAGACUCACGGGUGGAGGAGGGAGGAACUCUUCAGCGCUACCAUUACCUUGGAGGUGAUGACGUCAUUCCUUAUGUUACCAACUUCUACUACGACGUCCUGCCCUUCCUUCACUGCUGUAGAUACUUCGGUCACGUGACAGACAGAGGACACCGUGGGGUCACUCUCUUCUCAGAGUGUCAGACAUACGCCAAGUUCCGACACGUCAGCUCCUGCUACAACUACGUUCCCCCCAGACCAGCUGGUGCUAACGGAGACCCCCACAUGAGAACUGUGGAUGGAAUGGAGUACAACUUUAACGGGAUCGGGGAGUUCUUCUUCAUUGUAUCCCACAACGCGUCCUUCCAGAGUCAGGUCAGGUUUGAACAGGCCAAGAACAGUCAAGGUAGAUUUGUGAGCGCCAGUGUUUGCACAGCUUUUGUCGCCGAGGUGUCAAACGCAUCCGACAGAGUCGAAGUACGACUGAACUCCAUCAGGGUGGCGGAUGUUAUCAUCAACGGACAGGCCCAGGACUUCAGUGAUGUCGCCUGGCUCAGAUAUCGGGGUGUCUCUGUGCUGAACCUGCCCAAACCUACGGGGAAUUCUACUGGUAAAGAUAUCCUGGUGAUGUUUGCCGAUCUUGGCGUCACAUUCCGGAUAUUGGCGACAAAAGACGUCCUCAAUGUGAUGCCAAUCAUUGCUAACGAUCAGCUGAAAGGGACUCUGACGGGCCUUCUAGGGGACUUUGAUGGAAACCCUGGCAAUGACCUACUUCUACCUAAUGGCACCUCACUACAGUCCAACGCCACUGAGGAAACCAUCUUCAGAACAUUCAAUACAGCAUGGAGAAUUAAGGAAGUUGAGUCAAUGUUUACCUAUCCCGCUGGUAAAUCAUACCAGGACUACAAUGGCCAUGCGCAAAGCAAUUUCCAUCCUGUUUUUGCAACAUCCAUCAUCAAUUCUGCUACAGUGGAAGCUAUAUCAUUGUGUGGUAACAACACAAACUGUCUGUUUGAUUUCCAUGUGACUGGGUCAAGGGCCAUCGCCAUGGCAACGUUAGACUUCACAGUUGACUUAAAGGAUGCGGAAGAUGCGUCGAUACCAGUUCUUACCUGUCCAAUAUUGUCAUCCACGGACCAUGGUGUCUGGGUGUCCAACAAUACCUUGGAGAAUGCCACAGCCAGAUUUCGCUGCAACAUGGGCUACAGGGAAAACAACACGUGUAGACCGACGAUAUGUAAAAACGGCAAUUGGGAGAAUUAUCAGCCAUGCGCUUGUAUGGAGAUCCCCACAGAACCACCCCCACCAUCCACACACACAACCCCCACAGGUAGGACCCCGCCCCCCGCUACACCUAGAGACGACUCGUUGUUGCUGCGUUCCAUCUCUGACAAGCUACAGCUGAUGUGGAUCACCGUGGGGACGGGCGUCUUCGUCGUCGUUAUCAUCGCUCUCAUCACGGCCCUAGUCUUGUGUUCCAAAUUUCGAUCCCGGGGACAGUAUUCAGAUUGCGACAAACAUACAUUGUCUUCAUCAGCUAGAUCUUCUGAGUACCGUCAUAAUAUGAGUAGAGGCUUCCCUAUGUCACAUGACAGCGCCUACACCCAAUCAAGUCGCGUAUUAUCUGACCACUCGACGAACAGUCGACGCAGUCUCCCUCGUUAUAACGUGUGCGACAACAGAGCUUAUGGCAGCUCCGAGGAAGUAACCAGGAUCACUGGACCACCGCCCGUAGAUUUCCGGCGUCACGACGUCCUCUUCUAGUUCCACCAGACGGAAAAUACAUAUUUAACUCUUAAAGCUGAACACCGUUCGUAAAUAGGCAAUGUCCGCUUUAUUUCUCUUUAAUCACCGCUAUCCCUACAACCCCUAUCUAAGCCACAGACCUCUUAACAGUUUAAGGUGGAAUAACACAUCAUCACAAAAAGCAUGGCUGACCUCUGAUUGAAACGACAUUUUGUUUUAUUAAACGGAUUUUAUUGACGACACUAUGUAACUUUCUCCAUAGCUGAGUGGAUAAAGUGUGGGGCAUCCUCAGUUCGAAUCCCUCAGGGGCUUUUGUUGUUACUUCCUGAAUUGAAUUUGUUAGAUAUUCGGUUUUUUUAUCCCUAAAUUGCAAAUUUUUCGCUUAUUUGACAUAAUUAUGUACAGUUAAUUAUCAUUACAUCUUUUAUAAUCAAUUAAGUUCUUUUUUCUCGCCGUGUUUCUCGGUGGCAAUGAAACUAUCAAAUUUUAAGCACUUUUAGCUCACCUGAGCCAAAGGCUCAAGUGAGCUUUUCUAAUCACAAUUUGUCCGUUGUCUGUCGUUGUCGUUGUCGUCGUCGUUGUCGUUGUCGUCGUUGUUAACUUUUCACAUUUUCAUCUUCUUCUCAAGAACCACUUGAUUCCAAUUUGGCACAAAGAACCAAUUUGGCACAAAGCACCACUAGGUGAAGGGGAUUCAAGUUUGUUCAAAUGAAGGGCCACGUCCUCUUUAAAGGGGAGAUAAUUGAGAAUUAUUGAAAAUUUGUUGGUAUUUUGCAAAAAUCUUCUUCUCAAAAACUAUUUGGCCUGAAAAGCUAAAACUUGUGUGGAGGCAUCCUCAGGUAGUGUAGAUUCAAGUUUAAGUCAUGGUCCCCGGGGGUAGGGAGGGGCCACAAGAAGGGAAUCAAGUUUUACAUAGGAAUAUAUAGAGAAAAUCUUUAAAAAUCUUCUUCUCAAAAACUAUUGGGCCAGGAAAGCUCAAAUUAAAAUGGAAGCAUCCACAGGUAGUGUAGAUUCAAAUUUGUUCAAAUCAUGGUCCCUGGGGGUAGGGUGGGGCCACAAUUGGGGGAUGAAUUUUUACAUAGGAAUAUAUAGAGAAAAUCUUUAAAAAUCUUCUUCUCAAAAACUAUUGGGCCAGAAAAGCUCAAAUUAAAAUUGAAGCAUCCACAGGUAGUGUAGAUUCAAAUUUGUUCAAAUCAUGGUUCCCGGGGGGUAGGGUGGGGCCACAAUUGGGGGAUCAAGUUUUACAUAUAAAUAUAUAGAGAAAAUCUUUAAAAAUCUUUUUCUCAAAAACUAUUAGGCCAGGAAAGCUCAAAUUUGAGUGGAAGCAUCCUCAGAUAGCCUAGAUUCAAGUUUGAUCAAAUCAUGGUCCCCGGAGGUAGGGUGGGGCCACAAUAGGGGGAUGAAUUUUUACAUAGGAAUAUAUAUAUAGAGAAAAUCUUUAAAAAUCUCCUCUCAAAAACUAUUGGGCCAGGAAAGCUCAAAUUAAAAUGGAAGCAUCCACAGGUAGUGUAGAUUCAAAUUUGUUCAAAUCAUGGUCCCUGGGGGUAGGGUGGGGCCACAAUUGGGGGAUGAAUUUUUACAUAGGAAUAUAUAGAUAAAAUCUAUAAAAAUCUUCUUCUCAAAAACAAUUAGGCCAGAAAAGCUCAAAUUAAAAUGGGACCAUCCACAGGUAGUGUAGAUUCAAAUUUGUUCAAAUCAUGGUCCCCGGGGGUUGGGUGGGGUCACAAUAGGGGGAUGAUUUUUUACAUAGGAAUAUAUAGAGAAAAUCUAUAAAAAUCUUCUUCUCAAAAACAAUUAGGCCAGAAAAAAUCAAAUUAAAAUGGAAGCAUCCUCAGGUAGUGUAGAUUCAAGAUUGUUCAAUCAUAGUCCCUGGGGGUAGGGCGGGGCCACAAUGGGGGGAUCAAGUUUUACAUAAGGAAUAUAUAUUAAAAAUCUUCUUCUCAAAACCUUUUAGGCCAGAAAGCUCAAAUUUGAAUGAAGGCAUCCUCAGGUAGUGUAGAUUCAAGUUUGUUCAAAUCAUGAUCCAUGGGGGUAGGGUGGGGCCACAAUUGGGGGAUCAAGUUUUACAUAGGAAUAUAUAGAGAAAAUCUUUAAAAAUCUUCUUUUGAAAGACCAUUUGGCCAGAAAAGCUUUAACUUGUGUAGAGGCAUCCUCGGGUAGUGUUAAUUCAAAAUCACAGUCCCUAUUGGUAGGGCGGGGCCGUGAUGGCGAUUUGAAUUUUUACAUAUAUAGAGAAAAUCUUUAAAAAUAUUCUGGGAAAGUUUUCGGUCCAAAACUCAGUACUUAGUGUAAGCACAGGUUAUGCAGAUAUUAGUUUGAUGAAACCAUGAUACCCUAGAGAAAAGUGGGGCAACAAAAUGGGGGGGGGGUAUAUAGGAAAAGAGAAAAAUCAUCUUACAGGUACAACAACAAAAGGGGCUUGAUAUUUACCAAAAGAAAGAGGUGGAUAAAAAUUGGUAGAUUUUCUAUUUUUUUAGCAAGAUCUACUGUACUUAGUUGUCAAGAUAUUUUGAUACUGUAAUGCUAAUUUGAUCAGAAUUAAGGCAAUUGUGCUCAGGUGAGCGAUGUGGCCCCUGGGGCCUCUUGUUUUAAUAUACCUGUAUCGAGAAAACUUUUUCAGAAUCUUCCUCUGAAAAACUAAUGUGAUAUGACUAUAAAACAAGUUGCUGUCCUUUAAAAAAGGACUGCAAUACGUGGACCAUUUGCAUGUGUUUCCAACGAAAACGUGAAAGCCUUAAAAUUAUCACAGAUUCCACCGACUCUAGCCCCAUGCUUUUAACCACUGAAUUUGUAGGUUGUAUUAUGUAUAUGUAUAGUUGACUUUUAAUCUCAGAAUUUAAAGGUUUCAUACUUCUAAAAUUAUUAUGAUCUAUAUUUAUGAGGAUUGCAUGUUUAGUAUCAGGCAUUCGGCGUAUUCUACUAUUUGCGCACACAUUACGCUUCGCACUAUUUGUUAACUAUGCAGUGACAGCUUUGACUGUAAAUCAUUUUCAUAUUUUGAUGCAUUUUUCUUGAGAUUUAAACUUUUAUACAGUGACAUAAUUAUUCAAUCAUACUUAAAUGCUUAAAUAAUUUUAAUCGGAAAGUACUCUAGCCUCGCCUUCUAUAAAAGUAAAGUUAAGCUACAUGUGUAUUCGGAAAACAACAAAACAUUGCAAAUUAUGCUAUUUGAUGCAUGUUGUAGUUUCGGUAUAACAUUACCUUAUUUCAUAAUACUGACAGUUUAUAUCACAUGCCGAUCAUUUCUUUUAAAAGAAUACUUUGUUUUUGUAAUGUUUACAAACAACUUUACAAUUACAGCGCCUUUUAACUUAUAUGUGCAUAUGGCAUGGAAUCCCGAUCCCGAUUCAGAUAAACCUAUGCUAGCCUGGUUCCCUUAGCUACCCAUUACGCAAAGGAACCAGGCUAGCUCAUGCGCGGGCUGAAUUUUCCGCUUAGCAUCCGGUUUAACCUCGCUUAUAUAUUUUCUGCGUGGACCUCAGGGUCCACGCAAUAAUUUUGUUACAAAAGAUGCUUCAUGUUCAACAUAAGAAUAUCUGUGGGAAAGAACUGUGUAUGAUAUUAUA